GCGGAAGGGCCGGGGACAGAACACUAAGACCAGGAACCCGCAUUGCGCAUGCUCUGGGGCUGUGGGCGUUGGCGGCUGCUCAGGAUCUGCCUUUACUUCCCAAGCACAUCAAAAGAGCAUUGUCCAUCAGAAAGUGAAAAUAAAAGAGUCAUCAUGAAAAAGUUCUCAAAGAGAAGAGAAGAGAUUUUUAAAAAGAUGUCAGAAGCAGCAAUCGGCGGUACAGAAGAGAUAACGGACAGGCAUCUCUCAAAAGAUGCAGAAGAAAAUCGAAACAUAACAAAGACACUGAGAGGCAAAGUAAGAGAAAAGCUAAAAAAUGCUAAGAUCAGUCAAGGUGAAAAGUCCUCAGCUCAGCUGCUCACUGAUACAAAGAUUCAUCAAUGGUCUAAGAAUGAAGUCUUGCUGGAUGAAGGUCUUUCAUUUUUCCUCCUGAGUGGGGAAGAAGACUCAGCCCUGAGCCGGUCUGCACAGCAGAAAUCAGUAAGUGAUAGUUACAUCAAACACUCUGCAUUUGGUGGUAGUUUACAACAUGUUGCUGAGGGCCAAGAUGAGGAUUUUGUGGAAGAAGUAAUUUUAAUGGAUUUAUUUGAAGUGAAAGCUGCAGAAUAUGAGGACAAUCAAGAACAGACGGAAAAGCAGGAGGCAAAUAUUUUUGUGCCCAGUAGUUCUCCAGUGGCCAACCGGCGUAAACUGCCAAAAGGCAUGAUGCCUCGUAUUUUAGAAGACGAAGGAUUGUACAUUAAGAAAAAGCCAGAGACAUAUAAAAAGAUCUGCAACAAAAUGGAACAUCGCCUGCUCAGCCUGCAGGAGGGAAAACACUGGUUUGAAGAAAGUGGAGAAAUAAUGUCACUACCUUCACCUAUUAGACAAUCUUGGAAUUUCAGGAUCAGCACGAGCAAGGAACCUUUGAAUCCAGCACUAAAGACUAUACACAGAAAGGCAGUGAAGCCUGACCUGGGAUGCUGUUUUAGGAACAGGAUGGAUGGUCAAAGGGAAAUGUACCAACUGGAUCUUAACAUCGUGGGCUUGCAAUUCAGCCAUCACCCACUCUUCAAUCAAGAACAAGUCCUGUGUGCCAGGCUGCUCCAGCUCUGUGAGUCUUUCCAGGACAGGCAGAAGCAGAGUUUAUCUCAGCUGCUCUAUGAGAAGCUGAAAGCACUCACGGAUACUACCAAACUAGCCAGCAAAAACCCAGAAACUAACCAACUCACCAGAAAAUCGUUACAAGAUUAUUAUUGGCAGAUAAGUGACACAAAGCGGCUGUAUGAGGCAGAAAGGGAAAAGGACCACUGCCUACUGCACAGUGUUUUACAGACUUGGAAACAGAUGAAAUCUCUCCGGCAAAAGCAAGGAUUUACAAGCACCCCAGUAAAGCUGCAGUUUUAUAGGAUAAAAAUGAACACAUGGGAUGAGCAGAACCAAGCGGAAACAUCAGGAGUAUCUGGGAAAGAAAGCAAAGAAAAGCCAUUUCAGAAUGGAGACACACAGGAGAGACUCCCCUAUCCAGCUCCAGACCCGGAAGGAACGGAAGUGGAAAAGAUAAAGCCAAUCACGCUGGUGCCACAGCUUUCUUUCACAGCAGAAUUAACAAACCUUUCCAAGUGUUCACUAUAUGAGCAAAAGAGGAGAGCCAAAAUUCAGAAGCUUAAAUAUUUUAUCAAAAUAUUUUAUAAUGAUAAACAGGUUUCCUGCACUUCCAUAUCUCCCCUACAGUUUGAUUUUAAAGUCAUGUUUCAACAGAUUUUUAACAUUCAACUCUUAUAUUGGCCUGAAACAAUCUGCUUGGAGGUCUAUGAAAUAAGUAAAAGGACAAGUUUACUGGUUAAACUCUAUCUGCCUUUACCCAACAAGACAGAGCUGAAAGACAAGACUGUCCUGGAAUAUACAGAAUUUAGUUCUGAUAAACUGGUCAUACCUGUGGAUGGAGGCGUAGGAAGCAAUGUGCCUUUUAAUCUCGAGGGGAGUGAGAAUGAAGAGCUUUGUCUUUUAACCUCAGGGAAACUUAGCUAUUCCCUCUCGUGGGCUUUGGAUGAGAACGGAAUCCCUCUAACGCCUGUGUCGCAGUCCUUGCGAUCGGCAUACUGCAGUGUGCUAAGAAAUGUUGACGCCAGAGGUGUUCCUGGACUCCCGUGGCCUGUGAACUCACAAAAGCUUUGUGACUGGGCAGAUGACAUCAGGAUUGAUCCAAACAAUCCAGAGUAUUCUGAUAUAACAGAACUUAUUAUGUAUUUGAGACACAAAGGGCAGGAAAUCCCAAAAUAUUUCCGUCUAGAGCAGUUGCAAGAUGAAUUUAACUUUGUGUCUGAGGAAGAAAUAAAAAGGAGCAAACGCUUCCAGCUGUUGCAGCUGAGAAACGCGGGCCAGCUGGAUUUCUUCCUUCUGCAGCAGAUGCCGCUCUAUGACAAAGAGAUUCCAGAUGUAGUCUUCCAGGAGUAUGAAAGUCAGGCACAGAAGGAUAUAUCCAUUUCAGAUGUGAACUCUAUCACUGCACAAAGGAUUAAUUCUGUCAGUUUUCUGAGAAAGGUGAGACGGUUGAUAAUGAAAAGAAUCAUCAAAGUCAGCAAAUUUAACUUGUCCGAUAUCGUGGCUGACUAUGAAGAAAUUGUAUCUACAAGCCAGUUGACAGAUGCGAUUUGUAAGUUCAUUGAACCACGAAGGAAGUUAAAGCCUCAGCGGAAAGAAAGAAGAAAGGUCACAGCACAGACUGUCUCAGAUGGAGAUAUCAAGAUUCUGGUCAGGAUCCUGAGGGCCUACAACAUUCCUACCAGAAAAAAAAUAUCUCAUAGAACUUUGGAUACGCCUACUUACUCGAGGUCAUCCAUGUCUUACCGCAGACAUCAAGAAGCUAUCAAGUGCGUAGCCUCGAAUGACUUCUUAAAUGAGGAUACUGUGCACCCUUUCAUAGAAGUUUCUUUUCAACACACCAUUUAUCAAACCAAUACUGCGAGUGGAUUUCAUCCAUGUUGGAAUGAAGAAAUCAAAGUAGAUUUUAUAUCACCAGGACAUGAUUACAGCUUCUCUAGUUUAUCAAAAAUAAAAGAUAAUAUUCAUAUCAAUGUUUUUGAUGAAGUGGUAAUUGAAAAACAUGAGGACCAUUGUCUCAAGAGCUGCAGUGCUCACUCUUACAUACAGAAGAACUGGCUGGGCUCCCUCAGCUUUCCUUUCUCAGCGCUUCUGCAGCAGUCCGAGAUUAGCGGGACAUUUCAAGUGAACAUUCCACCUACCUUGCUUGGGUACACCUGGAGUAACACUUAUGUCCCUCCUAGAGAAGACUGCAGUGGGCAGAACCCCAAAGAAUGCACCUUCCUGAAUAUUUUUGCUACAAUUGAACCUCAGCUAUCAUAUAUCACGUUCAACCCAAAACUAGAUGAGUUUUCAGAUCAAACAGACAUUUUGCAAAGAGCACAGACUUUUACCAAGAACUGUAAGGCCAUGUUUCCCAACCGAAGAGUCGUGACCACUGUUUUUAAUGGUGAAGGGAUGCAGGUCUUUGUUACAAGAUACAUCAAGGCAUUGAAUCCACCACAGCAACUUCUGGAUAUAUUUCUUCAUGACUCGAAUGCAACCCUUGACCGCAUUGCUCGAUUUGUAUCUUUGAUUCCUUUUACGACAGAAACACUGGAUGAAAACGAUGGUUUUGACAUAUGGAUGACAUCAGAGUGCUGCAUUAGUUUGGCGAUUGGAAAUAAGGAAGAGCACGCCAUACUUCUCUGUAAUUUCUUCCUGUAUUUCGGAAAGAAGGCAUUGGUGCUCCUGGGGACCUCAGUCCUCGAGGGGCACGUGGCUUAUGUGUUAACCCAAGAAACUGGUGAGUCUUUGCUUUGGAAUCCAUCAACAGGGCAGUGUCAUAAGCAGUUUGACCCAUUUUGCCCCUUGCAAAGUGUGGACUGUUUGUUCAACGAUAGAAAUGUCUGGUUUAAUAUUCAACAAAAUAAUACACCAAUGGCUGUGCAUUUUGACUAUUCAAAAGAAAGCUUCUGGAAACAGUUGCUGCCAAAAGACUUUCAGGGGACAAAAGCCCAAAGUGUACAGCCUGAAGAAAUAGUUUAUUCCGAUACUAACAAAAGCAUGGUAGAAGAUCUGAAGAGCAGGCUGGAGAGGACACUGAAAUGUAAGAUGAUGGAAUGGCGACCUAAGCACCCAACACGCUGGAAUCGACAGUGCACUUCCGUCCUGCGGCAAAUCCUUCCCAAGCUGGAGUUCUACACGGGAAGUUUCGCUUCGUUUGAAGACAGUGAGCUAGAAAGGCUGCUACAGUUUUACUGGGUCACGGGAUUUCCCAUCCAGAUGCCCUACACAGAUGUCCAGUCAGUCAUUGAUGCCGUGUACCAGACUGGAAUUCACUCUUCUGAAUUUCCGCAGAUGGAAUUUGCUUUAGCUGUAUACAUUCAUCCAUACCCAAACAACAUACUAUCUGUGUGGGUCUAUUUGGCUUCCUUAGCCCGAUAUCAGUGAAAGGGGAGAAGGGAAAAGGCAAAGAGUAUUACUGUGGUCUCCUAGAUCCAUGCUUGCCUGUCACCUGGAGAUUUUUACUGCUUAUUUUUGAGUUCACCAAUGCUAGGCAUAAUUUGGAAUCCUGAAUAGAGUUGGGAACUAUGGAGACCACAUCAGCACCCCUUUCUCAGGCUUUGAGGAUGAGUCUGGGUACCUCCUUACCAACACACCUCUUCUGGGAGACCCUCAGAUAGUGUGGCUGCGUUGAUUCCACAUUAGAGCUCAUCCUGGAAAAGAAUCAAUUCUGGCCUGCUCCCUAAGGUCAGUCAUGGAGGUGAUGCCACCUCCAUCAGAGCUAUCCUGAGAGUCUUAGUAAGAGUGAAGACUCCAAGAUCUACUCAAGACUUCCUGAAUCUGAACACUGGGAGGAGAGCAGCCUUGUUUUCAACAAGCUCCCAGGCAACUGUGAUCCCCUGUUGAGUGAGAGCCUGACCUUGCAGGAUGUUGUCAGCACUAAUGAGACAUGGGUACAUUUGAUGCUCCUUCUAGUACAAUUCCAGGUAAAAAUUCCUCGGAGGGAACCCUGAGGUCAUGUUCUAGUCUGAAAGCCAGCAAGCUCCAGGUUUAAGAAAAGCCUGUUUCAGUUUGAGUCAAAGGGCCAGAAAAGACCUAUGUCCCAGCUUAAAGAAAUUAAGCAAGAGGGAAUCCCACUUAUUCGAUUGAGGAAGGGCAGUCUUUUAAGUCUACUCAAACCUCCAUCUGACUGGAUGAGGACUACCCACAUUCAGAAGGGCAAUCUGCUUUACUCAGCUUACCAAGUCAUGUAUUCUCCAAUCCACCGCCUUCACAUGUGUAUCCAGGAUGCUUGAUCAGUGGGUAACCCCUGGCCCAGUCAGGUUGAUAAUAACAGUCUAUGUCCAUUUUAACCAGAAGUAAAAAUGUAUGUAAAUUUUUAAUUUUGGAGUACUCACUGGUAAAUUACAUAUUCUAAAUACAUGCAAAUGUUGGCCCCUAUUUUUGAGACUAGCAUAAAGACUGUCCUUAACAUUCUGCAUCAUAGUGGCUUGGAAACAUCAUUAGGAACUUCCAUAUCGAGUUCAAUUACAGGUGUGACCUACCUUCCCUCAGCCUCUCCAACUGCCAAGUGUCAAAUAUUUUCAAGAAAGUUGACAGGUGUCAAUGCAUUAAGACCAGUAAAUGAGCUUAUCCAAAUCUAAGUGGGAGACAAUGGUACUGUAGGCAGAGAUACUGGGUGGGACUUAAAUAGUACACAGGUGUAAAUUUGUACCAAGGAAACAAAUCAGGAACAGGGCCCAGGGCUUCUGGCUCCUAGUGUUUUGUAUCCACAAGAAUUUGAUGGAGCCCGAGAAGAAGCCUAAAUGUUCACUAUAGUAGACUGUAGGACACCAACAAGGUGCACAAUAUACUAUGGAAUAAGGUACCAUUUUACACCCAAAUGAGACAAGGGGGUUGCAUUCUUGUGUUGACAUGAAGAUCUGUAUGUUUCUGGGAAGGUACAACAAAAGACACAGUAGUCGUGGUGCCUCUGGGAAGAAGUGGGGUCAGUGGAGAAAGGAAUCUGCUGGUUAUUAUGGUUUAUUUUAUAUUGGUUGAAUGUUUUGUCUUUUGCAUGUAUUUACUUAAAAGUGUUUCAUUUUAAUUAAAAGCAACUUAAUUUUUCAAUUAAAUUUAUUUUUUAACAUUUGAAUGCAUUUUAUGUAUUUGGUUUACAAUGGUU